AUGGAUCGCAGGGAAUGCCUCGCGCUGAUGCGGUCGUGCACGAGCCUGCCCGCGGCGCAGGCGAUCCACACCCGUGCGCGCGCGCAUUUUUCGGUCCGCGAUGUUUUCGCGUGGAACAAGCUGAUCGAGAUGUAUGGGCGAUGCGGCAGCGCGUCCUCCGCUCGCGAGAUCUUCGAUUCGCUGCCUCUUAAGGACUCCUACUCCUGGGAUUUCAUGCUCGCGGCCUACUCGCGCAAUGCCCUCUUUGACGACGCCGCCCGGUUCUUCCCCAUAAUGCCGCAGUGGAGCCUCGUCUCCUACACGACGGCGAUGAUCGCGAAUGCCCAGCUCCGGCAUUUCGCCGACGCGCAGCGCAUCUUCCACUCGAUGCCUGAGUGGGAUCUCGUCUCCUCCACCGCGAUGCUGGGCGAAUUGGCCCAGAUCGGCCUCCUCGACGACGCCGUGGAGAUUUUCCGCGCGAUGUUGGAGCGAGACAUCCAGGCCUGGAGUGUCUUCCUCUUCGCAUUCGCGCACCAUGGCAACCUCAGCGAUGCCGCCAGGAUCUUCGCGGGGAUGCCCGAGAGGAAUCUCAUCUCGUGCACUGCGAUGCUGGUAGCGAUCGCGGAGGUGGGCAGUGCCCGCCUCGUGGAAGAGGCGAGGGAUCUAUUCCGGAGCCUCCCGGAGCGGGACAUAGCGUCGUCGACGGCGAUGAUUAGGGUUUAUGCCCAGAGCGGGCAUUUGGACGAAGCACGGCGCUUGUUCGAAUCUAUCCCACUACACACCAUCGUUCUAAACACCGCGAUGUUGGCGGCGUUUGCCCAGAGCGGCGACAUCGCUCGUGCAAGACUUGUUUUUGAUCAAAUGCCCGAGAGAAAUCUCAUAUCAUCCAACGCGCUUCUCUCGGGGUAUGCCCAGAACGGGCAUUGUGACAAAGCGAAGGAACUGUUCGAUUCCAUGCAAGAAUGGAGCUCCGUUUCGUGGAAUACGAUCAUAACGGCCUACAUCCAAUCCUCGCAACUUAGAAGCGCGACGAAAGUGUUCGCUGCUAUGCCCGAGAAGAACAUCGUGGCGUGGAACGCGAUGAUCGCUGCAAAUGCCAAGUCUGGGCAUUUGGAAGAGGCUAGUUUCUUGUUUCGAAACGCUCCUGAGUGGAACACAGUUUCGUGGAAUACAAUCCUCACUGCGUUCGCCCAAAAUCGGUGUUUGAGAGAAGCCAUGGAAACUUUCGAGAGAAUUCCCGAGAAAAGCAGCAUUUCGUGGACUGCCAUGCUCUCCGCUUAUGCCCAGAACGGGCAUCUUGAUCGAGCGAGGCUGUUCUUCGAUCGAAUGCCGAGCCCGUGCAUCGGAUCCUGGAACGCAAUGCUCGCCAGCUACACAAACAGCGGCUGCUCCAGCGAUGCCUUCUCCCUCUUCGACUCCAUGAAGAUCCUCGAGACCCCGGACGAAACGAGCUGGAUCAUCGCGCUCCUCGCGUCGUGCUACGCGGGCGACGUUGGCAUUGGCCAGUCUCUCUUCGUGUCGAUGGUGGCGGAUUUCGGGACCCCGGCCAAGAGGAUCCACUUCGGCUGCGUGAUCAAUCUCCUCGGCCGGGCCGGGCACGCCGACGCUGCCCGAGAUCUCAUCGCCAACAUGCCCUUCGAGCCGGAUCUUCUCCAGUGGCGCUGCUUUCUCGAGACGUGCAAGAAGCAGAAGAAUCCCCGGUACAGCGCCGGGGCGGCAAAGCAAAUCCUCGGAUUGAACGCCUUGGAUGGAUCGGUCUACGUUUCCCUGGCAUCGGUAGUCCAAAGCUCCCAGCCGGUCUCCGUGCUACCUUUAGUUUAUUUGGAGCGAGUUGAGAAGGAGGUCUCGAGAUUGUGGCUAUGGCGCACUCGCCGCGGCUGCGGCGCCUCUGGCAAUCGGAUGGCUCCUCCUGCUCCUCCCGCCGCUGCAUUGCGCAGGAAUUCGCGAUCCAGGGCCGGUCAAAGGGCUUGUGAUCGCGGUCAGCAGCGGAGAUCUGCGAAAUCCCCGGAGGAGGGCCAGGAAAUCGGUAAGCGUGCUAGGAUUUCGGGGACCCCGGUCUUAGAAAGCGAGCUAGGGAAGGAGGAGUAG